UUUAAUAUAUCAAUUAUGCCAAACCAUGGAACAAGUUUUGAUAUUACCAGAAUAAGAAUCACGCCAACGUGAGUGCCAAUUUUGUAUUCACAAGUCAACACAAACAGCUAUACUUGUGCAAUUAACUAUAAUUAAAAUUAAUGGGAGCCGGCUAACUUCAGUUGACUCUGCCAAUCUCAAGACUGGAUACUCAUAUAUUGUCAAUUUUCUACGGAGUUUUCCCAUUUCUAGGCAGAUUAUUAGGCAGACAAGUUUUUUUUGGUUCACAUGCAGGUAAUAAUCUAAUCCCACAAUAAAGCCAGAUGACUUGGAGGAGUGUAUAAAUUCAAGGCUGAAGAAGCAGUGAUUAAGACACUCUUAAAUAACUGGGGUUGACUAUGUCUUCCACGUUUAGUCUGUUGAUCUGUUUGUUCAUUCUUCAUUUGUUGGCUGCCGGUAGUGUUACAGGGCGUAAGAUAGGAAUUUAUGAGAUCAAGAAAGGAGAUUUCUCCAUUAAGGUCACUAAUUAUGGUGCCACAAUCAUCUCCGUUUUUCUUCCUGAUAAGAAUGGCAAAAUAGGUGAUGUUGUUCUUGGAUAUGACACCAUCAAGGAAUACCUGAAUGAUACAAGUUAUUUUGGAGCUGCCCUUGGAAGGGUUGCAAACCGCAUUGGCGGUGCUCAAUUUACUCUGAAUGGAACCCAGUAUAAGCUUGUUGCCAAUGAAGGCGUAAACAUGUUGCAUGGUGGUCUUAAAGGAUUUAGCAAAGUUGUUUGGAAGGUGAGCAAGCACGUGAAAGAUGGUCCCUGUCCUUACAUAACUCUAACCUACCACAGUCCUGAUGGCCAAGAAGGGUUUCCGGGUGAUGUUCUUGUCUCUGUUACCUAUAAAUUGGAAGAUCAUUACAAACUUAGCGUGGUACUUAAGGCAAAAGCAUUGAACAAGGCCACUCCGAUUAACCUGUCUCACCACCCUUACUGGAACAUUGGUGGUCACAACAGUGGUGACGUCUUGUCCCAGGUUGUUCAAAUCUUUGCGUCACACAUUACUCCGUUGGAUAAACAGCAUAUUCCCACAGGGGAAAUUUCCCCUGUCAAGAACACACCCUACGACUUUCUUAAGCCCAAUAAGGUGGGGAGUAGGAUCGAUAAAAUCCAAGAUGGAUACGACAUCAACUAUGCACUUGACAGCACUAAAAAAAUGAAGCAUGUGGCGGUAGUUUAUGAUAAGAAAUCAGGAAGAGUGAUGGAUAUAAAAGCAACUGCACCUGGUGUGCAAUUCUACACUGCAAACUUCGUCAUUAAUACGAAGGGAAAAGGUGGAUAUGUGUAUCAACCUCGUGCAGCCUUGUGUUUAGAGACUCAAGGGUUCCCGGAUGCUGUGAAUCACCCAAAUUUCCCUUCGACAAUUGUGACUCCUGGAAAGACCUACGUCCACUCCGUGUUGUAUACCUUCUCCAUCAAGAAAUAAUACUAGAAUGCUUGCAUUUGUUUCUUUGCACAGCUGCUUGUGUCCCUUGUAUCCUUCUUAAUUUGUAUCGUCUACUUAAAUUGAUAUAUGUAUCAAGGUUAUGUGUUCACUAUGACAAAUAAAACACCUGACAUUCAGGUA